AUGAAACGACGUGCUUUAAAUAAGUUCAUGAUAAGUGCAGAGUUUCAUUUUAUCGCAACGUCUAUUUAUGGAAGCUCGUUGAGUUUAUUUAAUUUUGUACGACUGAAGAAGCUCAGAAAUAAGGAAGUAAAUACAACAAGUAAAUUUAUAAUCUUAAUCCACUGCCAUAAUGUAAAGCUUAACCCAAAUCCAAUAAAACUUGCCAGUAAAAAGAUGAGUAAAGGAGAAAAUCAUAAAAAAAAUUAA